CGGGGUCUUCAGCAAAUUUACGCGCCUCCAGCUUUCUGGUCUUGUCAGCAACUUGGAAGCUUGUGUCAAUGGGUACAAGAAAAGGCUAUAGGAUACACCCGACAUUCUGGCCCCUGUGGCGCUGCAACGGCAACGCCUGCUGAAAGUAGCUUCGUCAUACUCGUCCUUGAUGAAAUCCGCCAUUGAUGCCUGCUGCGACGACGAAUUCUUCCACGAAGAGGAGAGCGCCGAUGAUAAGAAGUUCAGUCAGCGUCUUCGAGCCGUCAAUCAAAACAUCAUCGCGGAAUUCGGAGAGCAAAUGCAUCGUGAGGACCACACCCAUGCCACCGUGGAUCCAGCUGUGGAAAAUGCAGAACGACCGAGUCCGCUUUUAGCAUUCCACCCUAUAAACACGAACGCAAAUCAUGUGAGAGAUCUGAUGGAUCAAAGCAAAGGACGACAGACUCCUGGUAGUGUCAAUUCUUCCGUCAUUUCAGAGUUGAUAGUUGAGCAAUGUCAACAUUGGGAUCGGAUUUUGGACAGCUUUACUUCUCGUAUCAUCGAGGCUGUUCGAUGCACCUCGAAGAGUAUCAUCGAACAUGAUUCAGAUGGAUUUAACAAGGACUUCAAGAACAGUUUUUCGAGAAACUGAUUAAUCAGCUCGAGACAGAUUUUCGUCACAAGACCUACGAGUUGGGGCCUGCGUCGGCGGCUCGACGAGAACUUGAUACAUAAUGGCC